AUGAGUAAAUUUUCCAGAUGGCGACCCUCCUACCAUUUGUUAGCGAAGGAUGGCUGGAUGAACGACCCUUGUGCGCCUGGCUACGAUCCUGACACUGGCCUUUACCAUGUCUCGUUCCAGUGGAAUCCAAACGGACCAGACUGGGGCGACAUCUCUUGGGGUUCGGCAACUUCGCCCGACCUGAUCUCUUGGACGUUGGCAGAGAGGCCCUCGCUUUCGCCAGAUAUGCCCUAUGACAACAAGGGUAUCUUCACUGGUUGCUUCAUCAAUGGGCGGGAUGGAUCGCUGACUUAUGCGUACACCUCUGUCAGCGAUCUUCCAAUCCACCACACACUCCCACAUGUCAUCGGCAGUGAGUCGUUAAGUCUGGCGAAGUCCUUCGACCAUGGCAAGACCUGGGAAAAAAUUGCAGCGAAUCCGAUCCUACCUUCAGAGCCGAUCGAUAUUGAGGUGACGGGCUGGCGAGAUCCUUUCGUCGCUCCGUGGCCGAGAAUGAGCCGACUCUUGGGUCUUGAUUCGCACAAUACGCUUUUCGGUAUCAUCUCUGGAGGCAUCCGCGAUGCCACCCCAACGACAUUCAUCUAUGCCAUUGAUGCGAACGAUCUGACCAAGUGGGACUACAUCGGUCCUUUGACGAGAUUUGGUCUCAAUUAUCGUCCCUCAAGAUGGAGCGGCGAUCUUGGCAAGAAUUGGGAGGUCAGCAACUUCAUGACCCUGAAGGACGAAGAAGACCCUUCCGUGGAGAGAGACUUCAUCGUCAUGGGUACGGAAGGUUGUCUGUCGGAUGCGACAGCUCCUUCAGAAGCGGCAGUGGGUCCGUCACGCCCAGCUCGAGGACAGCUCUGGAUGUCUGGUUCCUUGCAGAAGUCAAGCGACGACCAGAUUCCCGGUCCCGUGGAUAUGACGUAUGAUUAUGGCGGCCACCUUGAUCAUGGCUGCUUGUAUGCCGCAAACUCCUUCUUCGACCCUCGAUCCGACAAGCAUAUCGUUUGGGGGUGGCUGACGGAAGAGGACCUGUGCGACGAGCUGCGGCAUGCGCAGGGUUGGAGCGGAAUCCUCUCGAUGCCUCGCGAGCUGCGAAUCCAGACAAUGCGCCAUGUCAUCGCCGCGUCGACAUCGGCGUUGUCGUCUAUCACUUCCAUCGAGCUGGAGGCAGACGCACAUGGCUCUCACACGGUCCGGACACUGGCAAGCCAGCCGUAUCAGCCCCUGAUAGAGAAGCUUCGACAAGAAAAUGGCGUCCGCAAGUCGUCGUUGAAGCGAACAAGAUUGGUGAAUGGUGAUCACAGCGUCCAUUUCUCGUCCGCGCAAGUGCAGAGUACCGCAUGGGAGCUAGACUGCAUGUUCCAGGUGUCCAGAGGGACGAGCAAAGUAGGCGUGAGCAUAGCCCACACUGAAGACUUCUCAAGAUCCACGACUCUCACGUUUGAUCAGUCGUCCGAGACCUUCAUCAUUGACCGACCAGCGUUUCCAGUGCAGAACUCAUCUGAGCUGAUCAAUUCUGCAUCAGAAAAUGCACCGCACACUCUCUUCGCUUCGCAAGAUCCAGCAUCCCAGGAGAAGAGCACGGAGCCUUUGCAUAUCCGCGUAUGGCGGGAUUCAUCCGCCUUGGAGGUAUUUGUGAACGGACGCACCGCCAUCUCGACUCGCAUCUACGCCGGCGAUGAGACUUUUGGCAUGCGAUUCUUUGGUGGACUCGAUGAAGAGAUUGAUGGAGAUGGUGAAGUGACGGAGUUGCUCAGUGCCACGAUUUGGGACGGAAUUGGUGUUAAUUAG